AUGGCGGAGGAAGCAUCGACGGGGGUAGUGAUUCGGUUCCAUGCAGCCAAGGGUUUCGGAUUUAUCAAGCCAGAUGAAGGCGGCGAUGAUCUGUUUGUUCAUCAAUCCGAGAUUCAAGCUGACGGCUACCGUAGCCUCCAGGAUGGUCAGAAAGUCAAGUUUCUAGUUGUUGAGAAGAACAGUCGGCAACAAGCUGUUAAUGUUGCCGCUUUAGAUGGAUCUAACGGCGACAGAAACCGUAAUCGCGAUGGAUACGGUGGUGGAGGUCGUAGAGGAGGUGGCGAUGGAUACGGAUUUAGUCGUGGUGGCGGAGGCGGAGGGUACAAUGAUGGUGGCGGUUUCAGGGGAAACAAUGGUAACGGCGGUGGGUUCCGGAGCGGCGGUGGUGGCGGCGGACGUGAAUGUUAUAACUGUGGUGGGGUUGGGCAUAUCGCAAGGGAUUGUAGUAGCGGCGCUGGAGCUGGUGGCGGUGGCGGCGGUUGUUAUAACUGCGGAGGGUUUGGUCAUUUAGCUAGGGAUUGUUCUCGCGGACGUGGAGGUAAUGGUGGCGGCGGUGGUGGUGGUGGAUGCUACACUUGUGGCGAACAAGGGCAUAUGGCAAGGGACUGUACCUCAGGAGGAGGAGGUGGUGGUGGUGGCGGCGGCCGUGGUUUCUCUAGAUCUGGUGGCGGCGGCGGCGGCGGCGGCGGUGGCUUUAGGUCUGGUGGCGGUGGUGGUAACUGCUACCAUUGUGGAGAACCUGGACACUUUGCUAGAGAAUGCCCAACCAAUGCUUGA